AUGGUAUUUGGAAUACUCGAGGACAAGAAGCUUGGAGAUCAGGUUCCCGGAACAGCUCUUCUGAGCGAUAUUAAGGAUAUCAAUACUAAUUUUGACGGUCCUAAUGAUGGCACGCGGUUGAAACACGCUGCAGGCAAUAAGGACAUUGUACUCGUCCCGCAGCCUUCAGAUGAUCCAAAGGAUCCUUUGAAUUGGCCGAGGUGGAAGAAAGAGUGUCACUAUUGGAGCCUCUGUCUAGCCGCUGGUCUAGCUGGAUCUAUCGGGCAUCUUCUUAAUGCUGGCUUCAAAGACAUAGCAACUGAAUGGGGCGUCUCCGUCAACGCAGUUGCGGGGACGACUGCGGACCUAUAUAUUGCUCUCGGAAUAUUCACUCUUGUUCAAGGCUCUCUGGGUAUUAAGAUCGGUCGUCGGCCUGUUUACCUGUUCGCCUCCGCUUGCCAGUUCUUUACAUGUAUCUGGGCUGCAAAGUCAACAAACAUUACCUCUUUCACACCAGCCAGGGUAUUCCAAGGUCUCGGCAUGGCCCCGUACGAGGCUCUAGCUACAGCUAGUAUAGGUGAUAUCUUCUUCGUUCAUGAAAGAGGGUUACGUGUGUCUAUUUGGAAUUUCGCAAUAGGAGGAGGGAUAGCGGUAACUCCAAUUGUCAAUGGGCCUGUCAUCAGUACUCUUGGAUGGAGAUGGACUUUCUGGCUUAUUAUGAUCGCGUUCGGCAUCAGUCUGGUUCUCGUAAUAUUCCUAAUGCCUGAGACGAUGUACGACCGCAGAAUCGCAAGUAAGACGAAUGGUAUCGGAAGUUUCGCAGACAAAGCUGAACUAGACAGAAACUCCUCUCCGUCGAAGUCCGACGAGUCUAGAGAAGCAGUGGACAUUGAAGAAAUUGAUAGAUCACCUUCAAUAUCCACGAACCCGCAAGAAAUUUCACAGAAAGGCUUGAAACCGAAGACUUUCCUUGAAGAACUAAAGCCAUGGAGUUAUUCAGGCGAUAUAAGCUUCAUAAAGUCAUUACUCAGACUAUUACCCUUCACACUGAGUCCUGCCGUAUGGUUUACGUUCUUUGCUUAUGGUUGUACCACCGUCUGGUUCGGUGUUGUCUCCAUUAUCUAUUCACUGGUGUUUGGAAGUGCGCCGUACUUCUUCGAUGCCAAGACAGUUGGUCUGAUAUCCAUCGGACCUUUCAUCGGUUCUAUCAUUGGUACUGUUAUAGCAGGACCACUAUCCGACUGGUCUGUUAAGUGGGCUUCGAGAAGAAACAAAGGCAUUUACGAGCCGGAAUUCCGUCUAUUUCUCUUAAUUCCGAUGUUCGUGAUAGAGAUUGCCGCUUAUGUUGGCUGGGCUAUCAUGCAGCCAAAGGGUCUUCCAUGGAUCGGUCCCGUGAUGAUGUACUCCAUGAUAGUUGGAGGGCAAUGCAUUGGCGCAACUGCGAUUUGCAGUUAUCUCAUAGACGUUCAUCGGAAGAAUACCCCAGAGGUGAUUCAUUUCCCUUCGUAUUUACAUCUGGCUUCAUUCAUUUCAAAUUCCUCCGCUCCGAAGUGCUUUGCUCUUGUCAACUUCGCCAAGAAUAUGGUUCUAUUUCCAGUAACUCUCGUUGCCAAUGGUUGGGUGGUCGAACUGGGUAUUCUUCGUACUUUCGACUUCCGGUCUUAUACUUAUCUUCGACCCUCUCCAAUCGACAUGGCGUUCGGGAUUCUUGAGGACAAGACGUUUGGACAACAGGUCCCUGGAACGGCAGUGCUGAGUGACAAGGAGACACUUGGCGCGGAUUUGAACCGCCGUGUUGACGACACCCAUCUAAAGCGAUCCACAGGCGACCAGGACAUCAUUCUCGUCCCACAACCUUCGGAUGAUCCAAAGGCAUGCGAAAGCAUAAAUAAUGACCGUAUUACUCUAAUCCCCGGCACCUUAGGAUCCUCUAAACUGGCCACGGUGGAAGAAAGAAUGUCACUAUUGGAGCCUCUGCUUAGCCGCUGGUCUAGCGUAACAAAAUCCGUAAUUCUAGAACGUGCCUUAGCUGAUCUCGACUGCCUAACAGCGGAUCCCGCUGGCUUUAAAGAUAUCGCAACGGAAUGGGGCAUCUCGGUUAACGCAGUAGCAGGAACGAAUGCAGACUUGUCUCUGGCUCUUGGGAUAUUCACCCUCGUUCAAGGCUCUUUGGGUAUCAAGUUUGGUCAUCGCCCUGUUUUCUUGUUUGCCUCGGCAUGCCAAUUCUUCACAUGCAUUUGGGCUGCGAAAUCCACAAACAUUACCUCGUUCAAACUGGCUCGAGUCUUUCAAGGCUUUGGAAUGGCACCGUACGAGGCUCUUGCAGCAGCCAGCAUAGGCGAUAUCUUCUUUGUCCAUGAAAGGGGAAAGCGAGUGGCAAUCUGGAAUUUUGCCAUCGGAGGUGGACUUGCGGUGAGGGUAUCGACGAAACCGUCAAUAAACUGCGACAUUAAAGCGUGGACAUUCUGGUUUAUCAUGGUCGUGUUCGGGAUUAGCCUCCUCAGUGCAAUAUUUCUCAUGCCUGAAACGAUGUACGACCGCAGAAGUGCACACUAUGGUGAUGGCACUGAUGAUCCCACAGACAUUGUUGAGUUAGAGAAGACCCACCAUCCAUCGAAGGUCAACAUCGCCAACGAGGUGCUGGAUAUCGAGGAAAUUGAUAGAACAUCGUCUGAGACUAUUAGCAUACAAGAAACUGGCCAGAAGGUUCUGAGAGCGAAGACGUUCCUUGAAGAACUUAAACCAUGGAGCUAUUCAAGUGACAUAAGCUUUGUGAAGUCUUUGCUUAGACCGUUUCCUUUCGCGCUUAGCCCUGCGGUGUGGUUCACGUUCUUUGCUUAUGGUUGUACAACUGUUUGGCUGGUCGUUGUCUCUGUCAUCUACUCGUUAGUAUUCGGCAGUGCACCGUACUUCUUCAACUCUGAAACAGUCGGCUUGAUCUCCAUUGGGCCCUUCCUCGGAUCUAUCAUUGGCACUGCGGUAGCAGGCCCACUAUCUGACUGGUCUGUCAAAUGGGCUGCUAGGCGAAACAGAGGCAUAUACGAACCUGAGUUCCGCCUGUUCCUUCUCAUCCCGAUGUUCAUACUUGACAUCGCUGGAUAUGUUGGAUGGGCUAUCAUGCAACCAAAAGGCCUUCCAUGGAGGCCAGUGGUGAUGUACUCCAUGAUUAGUGGAGGACAGUGCAUAGGUGCAACUGCGAUUUGCAGCUAUCUUAUUGAUGUGCAUCGGACUAACGCACCUGAGUGCUUUGCCCUUGUCAACUUUGGGAAGGACAUCCUUCUUUACGCAAUUACACUCUUCGUCAAUGGAUGGGUGAUAGACUUGGGGAUUCUUCGUACUUUCGGUAUUCUCGCGGCCGUGACAGCAUUCUGCGUCUUGACAGGCGUUCCGAUGUAUGUUUUCGGGAAGAGGUCACGAAGUUUCGUUGCAAGGCAUCCCAGACUCUUCUUGACAAAAUGA